CAAAGAUGUCUGAUGUUUCAAGUGGGAGAAGAAAAAAAAGAAAGUUGGCACCCAAAGCCCCAAAGGGCCCAUCUGACAGUCCCAAAGCCAUGAUGCUCAAUUCAUCCCUUCUCCUCCUGGAAGUGCCUGCCGACACCAACACCAGCCUCCCGGUGUGGGAUGCCGUGAGAUCCCUGAAAGUCGGCGUCACCUGGACGGUCAAACCUUACGGCAUCAGUAUCAACUUAACACCUCUUCCUGUGAAGCAGGGGGACGUCACCGCUUCCUGUGAGAGAGAAAACACAUCCAGUGUGGCGGAAACCUCCAGCCUUCAGCUGCAGAUCCAGAACACCUCCUGUGUGUUGCUGACUUUCUCCCACAGCUGCCUGCCAACGCCGCCCCACACAAAUCAACCAAACCAGAGUCUUGUCAACCCGAUUUCUGUGUCACUGCCUCUCCUCAUCACUCAUUCUCCACCAGGAUAUCAGCCUGGCACCAUUGCAACCAUAAAGCCCCCACCUGCUAUCCAACCACCUACAAGUGUUUCCGGCGACCUUGAUGUUGAACCCAAGAAACCUGAUCUCUUAUCGUUUCACACAAAGGUCUCCCCUGAUGUCUGCAUCUGCGAUAACUUCCUUCUGGGUGCAUGUGAUGCAGGGGUAAAGUGUAAGAUGCACCACACACCUUACCCUUUCCACUGGCAGCUGUGGUCUAUAAAGACCCACCAAUGGAUCGACCUCUCACCUCGCGCUCAGGUCUUACUGGAGAGGAGCUACUGUUGUGCUGAACAGAGCGACGUUACCCUCGUAGACAAGGAAAAAUACCACGUCCUGGACUUUGAAACAAUGGAGCUGGACGAUCUCUCAGAGUAUGAUGCAGUUAGGCGACUUACUAACUCAGAGAACGUAGAAACAAACCCUCACUUUCCAAGCAAGAGCAAAAUCUACUGGUGUGAGGGCAUGGACUACAAAGAGUACAGCGUGGAUUUGUCUGCCCUUCUCCUGAAAAAGAUGAGUGAAAAGGAGCUAAAAUGUUCCUUCAGCAUCGGUAAGCAGAAGUACGAGGUGGACUUCACCAGUAUGACCCAGACCAGAAUCAGCACCGGCUUCCAGAGACAAAUUUGUUGCAGACCUGCCUACCGCUCACCAGAGUCCAUGUAUCCUUACCUAAAGACUGGAGUCCAGUCUGACUUAGAUAAUUGUGAGGCCAACGCUGCUGCGGCUAACUUCAGCGUAGAUCCUCUGCAGGAGUUCAGCUCCUGGUACCCUCCAGUCUGGCUUCAGGGCUCAGAAGAGGAUUACCUCCUGGUUGAUGUUCCGGCUGGGACUCAGGCAUCCCGGAGCAUCAAAAAGUUCUUCCACGAAAACCUGCCAGAGACCAAGGUCGACAUCAUCAGCAUCCAGCAGAUCCAGAACCUGCUGCACUGGGACAAGUACCAAAGGCAGAAAACACACAUGCAGAAACACCACACGGAAGCCGAGGGACCUCUGGAGAGACAUCUCUUCCACGGGACCACAAAGGUCGCCUCAGAGAGCAUCUGCCUCCACGGCUUUGACCCCCGGGUGGCCGGCCUCAACGGACACUCUCACGGGUUCGGCUCUUACUUUGCUACCAACGUGCUCAUGUCCCACGAGUACACAGAAGCAAACGAGUACGAUGAGGUUGGUUGCAUGUUUCUGGCCAAAGUCCUGGUGGGAAGAGUUUGCUUGGGGAAACAUAACUACCGGCGACCGCCCAACGGCAAGGUCAGUCUCUACGAUGCCUGCGUCGACAACAAGCAAAACCCUCUGAUGUUUAUAGUGUUUGACAGCUGCCAGUGCUACCCAUACUACCUGAUCAAGUACAAAAAGUUAUCUGAAGAGAUUAAUAUUCUCGACUGAUGAGAAUUAAAUCAGAAAUAGUCUGUCAGAAAGUGUUCAUGACAAUAUGCAGCAUUUAGAAAUGUUAGAAAAUGUUCUGGUUAACAUAAAGUGCACAGUUCUGCAAUGAAGUUUUCACCAAAAAGGAUUGACAGUUGAUUUGUUUUUACAAGUUCUUUAUUUUUUCUUCUUUAAAAGACCGUACAUCAGUGGAAAUAAGCACUUCUGAGUUCCCUUUUCAAAUUUCCCAGAAUCAAAUUGAAACGUUUAUGAAAAUUGUUUUCAGUCAAUAAAAUUCUUUUUCACACAUAAUUAAAUGUAAAAACAGGAAUUGAGAAAUUGUAACAUUUGUAUUGGUUCUAAUAAAAGCAUACAUUUCAGACUGGGAAGUUUUUCACUAAACUCACUUUGCAGGAACAGAGAAACAUGAUGGUAAUUUUUUAUGGAAAUCUAAAUUCUUCAACAGUUUAUUGCACAAUCUGCCAUGUAGAGUUCAGACAAAAGUGAUUUUUGAAAUAUUUGUAAGAAACUGUGUAGCACAUGAGGAGUGUAACAGGUGGAGAGCUCCAGAGGGCCAUUUGAGGCCUUAUUUCAGGAGAGGAUAAUACAAUAUAAACCUAACAUUUUUUAAAAAACAAAGAGUUAAAGUUUGAACUUCUUAUGAAGUCUUCUCUGAUCCACAGUUAAAAUUGUAAAUAUAUACUCAAAUAUAACUGCACACCCCAAUGAUAUUAGCUAAAUUAGUCUUGGCUAAUUAGCCGUUUAAAGUAGGUAAACUUAAAAUUCUGCUGAGCAGAGCGGUCACAUAUGAAGUACAGAUGUAUGUAUAUAUUUGAGCCUACAUGUGUAGCGUUUCGAUAACGUUUGUGGAUUUGUGUGAAAUUCUUACUUCUGCACGUCUUAUAGAAGAAAAAGAAAGAAAAAUGAGGCACCUACACAUGGCUGACUACCAUGUAGAGAGAAAUUAUAUAUGGGCAGUACAAAUUUUCAUUUAACUUAUGUUUGGCUUUUGUAAUUAAUACAAAAAACAAACAAACAAAAAUCACAGUUUGUGCAUCUGUUCACCAAAAUAACAGCUCACCAGUGUUAUAACAGGAAU